UUUUUCCCUUGUUAACAGCAACUUUCAUUGUUAGAGAGAGGAGAGAGAGAGAAGCCUUGUUGGUUGACGUCACUUGGUUCAUGAAGCCUUCGCCUAGAAGUGAAGCUGCUGAACAAACCUUGAGAAGAAUCAUCUCCUGCUUCAAUCUGCUGCUGGAUAGGAACUAAUCAGAGAGAGAGAGGCGGAAGACGGAGCAGGAGGGAGUCCAGGGCUUUCCCGAUCACAAGUCUCACCUCCACUCCAACUCUCUACUUUUCUUGCAAAAAUAACAGGAAUAAGGAGGUGUUGGGCUUUCCAAAACGAAAAACAAAAAUCGUAACCUUCAGCCAUCCGGGGAAGACAAAAAUCCCAUCCACCGCAACUCAGUUCGAAAGUAAAGAUUUCUCAACAGUGAUGUCACAAGAUUGACUACAUUGAUCACAAUAUGGAGUCUGGAGAACGGUUACCAUCCUCAACAGCCUCCUCUACUGUACCAGCUUCAUCUUCUAUACCUUCUGUGGCUUCAUCGGUUUCUAAAGGCGGCCUUUCCACUGGAGCUGCUUCGCUUAGCUCUGCAAUCAACCCAUGUGGACAUUUAUUCAGAGCAGCUGGGGAUCAACCGUUUAACCUGUCCACAGUGUCGAGUGCCUUCCCAAUGGUCAGCCACCCAGUCUUUGGUCUACAUUCAGCCAGCUCAGGGCAUUCAGAAUUUGGUGGUUUGGGGACACUUGGUACACCCACAGCCUUAGCCGCACAUCCCCAACUAGCAUCUUUUCCAGAAUGGUGGCGAACAGCAGAUGUUCAUACUCGUACAGGGGCAGCCUUCUUUCCACCGUUACUGGGCAUUCCACCACUGUUUGCUCCUCCAGCCCAGAAUCAUGAUUCUUCUUCAUUCCAUUCAAGGACUGCAGGAAAAAGUAAUCGAAAUGGUCCUGAAAAAGGUGUAAAUGGGUCAAUAAAUGGAAACAGUACUUCAUCUGUGUCUGGUAUCAACACAUCUGUACUAUCCACUACUGCUUCCAGUUCCGUUGGACAAACUAAAAGUAUAAGCUCAGGUGGAGGAAAUCGAAAAUGUAAUCAGGAUCAAAACAAAAACCAGCCUUUGGAUGCUAAAGCUGACAAAAUCAAGGAUAAAAAACCAAGGAAGAAAGCUAUGGAAAGUUCUAGCAACAGUGAUAGUGAUUCAGGCACAUCAUCAGACACCUCAAGUGAAGGCAUUAGUAGUAGUGAUUCAGAUGAUCUAGAGGAAGAUGAAGAAGAAGAUCAAAGUAUUGAAGAAACUGAAGAUGAUGAUUCUGAUUCAGAAAGUGAAGCACAACAUAAAAAUAACAACCAGGUGCUAUUACAUGGUAUUUCAGACCCAAAAGCAGAUGGACAGAAAGCAACUGAAAAAGCCCAGGAAAAAAGAAUACACCAGCCAUUACCUCUUGUGUCUGAAUCCCAGACCCACUCAUCAUUCCAAUCCCAGCAGAAGCAGCCUCAGGUUUUGUCACAGCAGCUUCCAUUUAUUUUCCAAAGCUCUCAGGCAAAGGAGGAAUCUGUGACCAAACACACAAGUGUAAUACAGUCUACGGGAUUGGUGUCCAAUGUGAAACCUCUAUCUUUGGUAAAUCAAGCCAAAAAGGAAACUUACAUGAAACUCAUAGUUCCUUCUCCUGAUGUACUUAAAGCAGGGAAUAAAAAUACCUCUGAAGAAUCUAGUCUUUUGACCAGUGAAUUGCGAUCUAAACGGGAACAAUAUAAACAGACAUUUCCAGCACAGUUAAAGAAACAGGAGUCCUCCAAGAGCUUGAAGAAGGUUAUUGCAGCUUUGUCAAAUCCUAAAGGAACCUCUAGCUCACCAGCACAUCCAAAACAAACACUAGAAAACAACCACCCUAAUCCAUUCUUGACAAAUGCACUUUUGGGUAAUCACCAACCAAAUGGAGUUAUUCAAAGUGUCAUUCAAGAAGCUCCUCUAGCACUUACUACCAAAACUAAAAUGCAGAGUAAGAUUAAUGAGAACAUUGCUACUGCAAGUAGUACCCCUUUUUCCUCACCUGUAAAUUUGAGUACAAGUGGAAGAAGGACCCCUGGCAAUCAAACAGCUGUGAUGCCCUCUGCCUCUCCCAUACUCCAUAGUCAAGGGAAGGAAAAAGCAGUUAGCAAUAAUGUAAACCCAGUAAAAACACAUCACUCUCAUCCUGCAAAAUCUUUAGUGGAACAGUUUAGAGGAACAGAUUCAGACAUUCCCAGUAGUAAAGAUUCUGAAGAUUCAAAUGAAGAUGAAGAGGAAGAUGAUGAGGAAGAAGAUGAGGAAGAUGAGGAAGAUGAUGAAUCUGAUGACAGCCAAUCAGAAUCAGAUAGUAAUUCAGAAUCAGAUACAGAAGGAUCAGAAGAAGAUGAUGAUGAUGAUAAAGACCAAGAUGAAUCAGAUAGUGAUACUGAAGGAGAGAAAACUUCAAUGAAACUGAAUAAAACAGCUUCCUCUGUCAAAAGCCCUUCCAUCAGUCUCACAGCUCACUCAACACCUCGUAACCUCCACAUAGCAAAAGCCCCAGGCUCUGCUCCUGCUGCCUUAUGUUCUGAAUCCCAGUCACCUGCUUUUCUUGGCACACCUUCUUCCACACUUACUUCAAGUCCACACUCUGGCACUUCCAAAAGAAGAAGAGUAACAGAUGAACGCGAACUGCGUAUUCCUUUGGAAUAUGGCUGGCAAAGAGAGACAAGAAUAAGAAACUUUGGAGGGCGCCUUCAAGGAGAAGUAGCAUAUUAUGCUCCAUGUGGAAAGAAACUUAGGCAGUACCCUGAAGUAAUAAAGUAUCUCAGCAGAAAUGGAAUAAUGGAUAUCUCAAGGGACAAUUUCAGCUUCAGUGCAAAAAUAAGAGUGGGUGACUUCUAUGAAGCCAGAGAUGGACCGCAGGGAAUGCAGUGGUGUCUUUUGAAAGAAGAGGAUGUCAUUCCUCGCAUCAGAGCAAUGGAGGGCCGUAGAGGAAGACCGCCAAAUCCAGAGAGACAGCGGGCAAGAGAGGAGUCCAGGAUGAGACGUCGGAAGGGCCGGCCUCCGAAUGUUGGCGGUGCUGAAUUUCUAGAUAACACAGAUGCCAAAUUGCUAAGAAAACUGCAAGCUCAAGAAAUAGCCAGGCAAGCAGCACAAAUAAAGCUUUUGAGAAAACUUCAAAAGCAGGAACAGGCUCGGGUUGCCAAAGAAGCUAAAAAACAACAAGCAAUAAUGGCCGCUGAGGAGAAGCGAAAGCAAAAAGAACAGAUAAAGAUUAUGAAACAACAGGAAAAAAUUAAGAGAAUACAACAAAUCAGAAUGGAAAAAGAACUUCGAGCCCAGCAAAUUUUAGAGGCGAAAAAGAAAAAGAAGGAAGAAGCGGCAAAUGCCAAAUUAUUGGAGGCCGAGAAACGAAUAAAGGAAAAAGAAAUGAGAAGACAACAAGCUGUUCUUCUGAAGCAUCAGGAGUUGGAGAGGCAUAGACUAGAUAUGGUAUGGGAACGAGAGAGAAGGCGACAACAUAUGAUGCUUAUGAAAGCUAUGGAAGCUCGUAAGAAAGCAGAAGAAAAAGAACGGUUGAAGCAAGAAAAACGUGAUGAGAAAAGAUUAAAUAAAGAGCGUAAACUAGAGCAACGAAGAAUAGAAUUAGAAAUUGCAAAGGAACUAAAGAAACCUAAUGAAGACAUGUGCUUAGCAGAUCAAAAGCCUUUGCCAGAGUUGCCUCGUAUUCCAGGACUUGUUCUCUCUGGAAGUACAUUUUCAGACUGUCUCAUGGUGGUGCAGUUCUUACGAAACUUUGGUAAAGUUUUGGGCUUUGAUGUGAAUAUUGAUGUUCCAAACCUGAGUGUCCUUCAAGAGGGAUUGCUAAAUAUAGGGGACAGCAUGGGUGAAGUACAAGACUUGCUUGUGAGGCUCCUCUCAGCUGCUGUAUGUGAUCCAGGUCUAAUUACGGGAUACAAGGCCAAAACAGCUCUCGGAGAGCAUUUGCUGAAUGUUGGUGUGAAUCGAGACAAUGUUUCCGAGAUUUUGCAGAUUUUUAUGGAAGCCCACUGUGGACAGACUGAGCUCACAGAGAGCCUGAAGACCAAAGCCUUCCAGGCUCACACACCAGCACAGAAAGCCUCAGCCCUGGCUUUCCUGAUCAAUGAGCUGGCGUGCAGCAAGAGUGUAGUGAGUGAAAUUGAUAAGAACAUUGAUUAUAUGUCAAACCUGAGGAGAGAUAAAUGGAUGGUAGAAGGUAAACUCCGCAAGCUCAGAAUCAUUCAUGCUAAGAAAACAGGCAAAAGAGACACUGCAGGUGGGAUUGAUCUUGGAGAAGAACAGCAUCCACUAGGGACACCCACUCCAGGAAGAAAGCGAAGAAGGAAGGGAGGAGACAGUGACUAUGACGAUGACGAUGAUGACGAUAGUGAUGACCAAGCCGAUGAAGAUGAGGAGGAUGAAGAAGAUAAGGAAGACAAAAAAGGAAAGAAGACUGAUGCCUGUGAAGAUGAGGAUGAAGGUGACCAAGCAGCAAGUGUUGAAGAGCUAGAAAAACAGAUUGAAAAACUGAGUAAACAACAGAGUCAGUACAGAAGGAAGCUCUUUGACGCUUCUCACUCUUUACGCUCGAUGAUGUUUGGUCAGGAUCGUUACAGACGCCGGUACUGGAUUCUUCCCCAGUGUGGGGGGAUUUUUGUAGAAGGCAUGGAGAGUGGUGAAGGACUAGAAGAAAUUGCAAAAGAAAGAGAAAAACUGAAAAAGGCAGAGAGUAUUCAGAUCAAAGAAGAAAUAUUUGAGACUUCUGAGGAUACAUUAAAUUGUUCAAAUCCAGAUCAUUGUGAGCAAAAGGAAGACCCUAAAGAGAAAGACACCAUAAACCUAUUUCUUCAGAAACCUGGCUCUUUUUCAAAAUUAAGCAAACUUUUAGAAGUAGCCAAGAUGCCUUCUGAGUCAGAUGUAACGACCCCCAAACCAAAUAGUAGUGCCAGUGGGUGCACAGUGUCUUACCAGAACAGCGGGAAACACCCAGGAGGCAGCAUUCAGUCAGCAGCUACACCGAGCAGCAUGGAAAAGGCAGACUCCAAUAAUCUGUUCAGUGCUGGUUCAGGCGGCCCAGGGAAGUUCUACAGCCCUCUCCCCAACGACCAGCUGUUAAAAACACUGACGGAAAAGAACAGACAGUGGUUUAGCCUUUUGCCCAGAACCCCUUGUGAUGACACUUCGCUUACCCACGCCGAUAUGCCAGCUGCUUCUGCAGCGACUCCUCAGUCUCAGCCACCGUCUAAGUCACCUUCACCUGCCCCAGCUCCUCUCCUUGGAUCAUCCUCUGCCCAGAAUCCUGUUGGCCUAAAUCCAUUUGCUUUAUCACCUCUUCAGACGAAAAGUGGAGUAUCUGUGAUGGGACUUCAAUUUUGUGGGUGGUCCACUGGCAUGCUUACUUCCAAUAUUCCAUUUACAUCACCUUUACCUAGUCUGGGAUCGGGGUUGGCAUUAUCUGAAGGAAAUGGUAAUUCCUUCUUGACUCCCAACGUUGCUUCAAGUAAAAGUGAAUCUCCAGUACCACAGAAUGAGAAAGCCUCUUCAACUCAACCUGCAGCUGUUGAAGUAGCAAAACCAGUAGAUUUUCCUAGUCCAAAACCUAUUCCAGAAGAAAUGCAGUUUGGUUGGUGGAGAAUUAUUGACCCAGAAGACCUAAAAGCUUUGCUCAAAGUGCUCCAUCUCAGAGGAAUAAGGGAAAAGGCAUUACAAAAACAAAUUCAGAAACACCUGGAUUAUAUUACUCAAGCCUGCAUCAAGAAUAAGGAUGUUGCUAUUAUUGAAUUAAAUGAAAAUGAAGAAAACCAGGUAACUCGAGAUAUUGUGGAGAACUGGUCAGUAGAAGAGCAAGCAAUGGAAAUGGAUUUGAGUAUUCUUCAGCAGGUAGAAGAUCUAGAAAGGAGAGUUGCAUCAGCAAGUUUGCAAGUGAAGGGUUGGAUGUGUCCAGAGCCUGCAUCAGAAAGGGAGGACUUGGUAUAUUUUGAACAUAAGUCAUUCUCUAAAUUGUGCAAGGAGCAUGAUGGAGAAUUUACUGGCGAAGAAGAAAGCAGUGCACAUGCACUAGAACGGAAGAGUGACAACCCCCUAGAUAUAGCUGUAACCAGGCUGGCUGAUUUGGAGCGGAACAUUGAAAGAAGGUAUCUGAAGAGCCCCUUAAGUACCACCAUUCAGAUCAAAGUGGAUAAUGUGGGCACAGUUACUGUCCCUGCUCCUGCACCAUCCAUUAGUGGUGAUGGUGACGGAAUUGAAGAGGAUAUUGCUCCAGGGCUCAGGGUAUGGAGAAGGGCACUGUCAGACGCUCGCAGUGCUGCACAGGUAGCUCUGUGCGUUCAGCAGUUACAGAAAUCAAUAGCAUGGGAAAAAUCAAUUAUGAAAGUUUACUGCCAGAUCUGUCGAAAGGGAGAUAAUGAAGAACUGCUCCUCCUUUGUGACGGCUGUGACAAAGGCUGUCACACCUACUGCCAUAGACCCAAGAUAACAACUAUACCAGAUGGGGACUGGUUUUGUCCAGCUUGCAUUGCUAAGGCGAGUGGUCAAACUCUAAAAUUCAAAAAACUUCAUGUCAAAGGAAAAAAGACUAGUGAUUCAAAGAAAGCAAAGAAAGGACCUUUGACAGGGGAUACUGAAGAUGAAGACUCUGCAUCUGCAAGCAGUUCACUGAAAAGAGGAAACAAAGACCUGAAAAAGAGGAAGAUGGAGGAAAGCACUUCCAUGAACUUGUCAAAGCAAGAAAGCUUUGCUUCUAUUAAGAAACCUAAACAAGAUGAAUCCAAGGACCUAGCUCUUUGCAGUAUGAUCCUCACUGAAAUGGAAACUCAUGAGGAUGCAUGGCCUUUUCUACUUCCUGUAAACUUGAAACUUGUUCCUGGUUAUAAGAAAGUUAUAAAGAAGCCUAUGGAUUUUUCCACAAUUAGAGAGAAAUUAAGUAGUGGACAGUAUCCGAGCCCUGAGUCCUUUGCUCUGGAUGUCAGGCUUGUGUUUGACAACUGUGAAACAUUUAAUGAAGAUGAUUCUGACAUAGGCAGAGCUGGCCACAGUAUGAGAAAGUGUUUUGAAAAAAAGUGGACAGAUACUUUCAAAGACAUUUUACUUCAACUGAAGAACAUGGUGAAACUAAUUCACACAUUAGCUGAUCAUGGCGACGAUGUCAACUGUUGUGCCUUCUCCUCUUCCCUCUUGGCUACUUGCUCCUUGGACAAAACCAUUCGCCUCUACUCCCUAAGUGACUUCACUGAAUUGGCGCACUCUCCAUUGAAGUUUCACACCUAUGCUGUCCACUGCUGCUGUUUCUCCCCUGCAGGACAUGUUUUGGCAUCAUGUUCAACAGACGGAACCACUGUCCUGUGGAACACUCAGAAUGGACAGACUUUGGCAGUGAUGGCACAGCCCAGUGGGAGCCCCGUGAGGGUUUGCCGGUUUUCCCCAGACUCCACUUGCUUGGUAUCAGGGGCAGCUGAUGGAACUGUUACUUUGUGGAAUGCGCAGUCAUACAAAUUACAUAGAUGUGGUAGUGUUGAGGAUGGCUCCUUGGUGGCCUGUGCAUUUUCUCCCGACGGAAACCUCUUUGUCACUGGCUCCUCAUGUGGAGACUUAACAGUGUGGGAUGAUAAAAUGAGAUGUUUGCAUAGUGAAAAAGCACAUGAUCUUGGAAUGACCUGCUGCGAUUUUUCUUCACAGCCAGUUUCUGAUGGAGAACAAGGUCUUCAGUGUUUUCGAUUGGCAUCAUGUGGUCAGGAUUGCCAGACCAAAAUUUGGGUUGUUUCUUUUAGCCAUAUUUUAGGUUUUAAGUUAAAAUAUAAAAGUGCGCUGAGUGGGCACAGUGCUCCUGUUCUGACUUGUGCUUUUUCUCACAAUGGACAGAUGCUAGUCUCGGGAUCAGUGGAUAAGUCUGUUAUAGUGUAUGACAUUAAUACUGAAAAUAUACUUCACACAUUGACUCAGCAUACCAGGUAUGUCACAACUUGUGCCUUUGCCCCUAAUAUCCUUUUGCUUGCUACUGGUUCAAUGGACAAAACAGUGAACAUCUGGCAGUUUGACCCGGAAACACUUGGCCAAGGAAGGAGCACAGAAGGGCAACUGAAGCAGUUCACUGAAGAUUGGUCCGAAGAUGAUGUCUCAGCGUGGCUUUGUGCACAAGAUUUGAAAGACCUUGUUGGUGUUUUCAAAAUGAAUAACAUCGAUGGGAGAGAAUUGUUGAAUCUUACAAAAGAAAGCCUGGCUGAUGAUUUGAAAAUUGAAUCUCUAGGGCUGCGCAGUAAAGUUCUGAGGAAAAUCGAAGAGCUCAGGACAAAGGUGAAAACCCUUUCUUCUGAAAUUCCUGAUGAAUUUAUAUGUCCUAUCACUAGGGAGCUUAUGCAGGAUCCUGUCAUCGCUUCAGAUGGCUAUUCAUAUGAAAAGGAAGCAAUGGAAAACUGGAUCAGCAAAAAGAGGCGUACAAGUCCCAUGACAAACCUUGUUCUUCCUUCAGCAGUCCUUACACCAAAUAGGACUCUGAAAAUGGCCAUCAAUCGAUGGCUAGAGACACAUCAAAAAUAAAAUUAUUUAUAUUAUAUUGUAUUAUUUACAUUUUAUCAGUGAUCUCAUUUGAAUGAUUUAAAGGUAAAUACUAAUUGGACAUUAUUCAAAGCAAAACAGGAGAUAGGUAAACUUCUUAAAUUUAGUUACCUACAAAAACCACUUAGUAUCUAUUUUAAUUCUUUAAAAUGUAUGGGCUAAAUAACACAUCUAACCUCUUUUCUAGUUUUACUAUAAAAGCCUUUUUAUACAGUGAAAAAAAUCUGAACCUCUAGAGAAUAAAGUUUUACUUUGACUUUAAAUUGCAAUGCUCAAUUUUAUUAUUAGAUACUAGAGGCCUGGUGCACGAAAUUUUUGCACGGGGGGUGGGAAGCCCCUCAGCCCGACCUGCGGGAGCCCAUGAACCUGGAGGUCACAGUUUGAUUCUGUGAUUAGGGCACAUGCCUGGGUUGUGGGCAGCUGAUCAGUGAUUAUCAUGUUUCUCUCUCUUUAUCCUCUCCUUUCCUUCUCUGAAAUCAAAACAUUUAAAAAAAGGUGGAAAGUCUAGCUACCACAGAAAUCUCCAAACGCCUUUUCUCUAUAAUUGCUGCUUUGUACAAUUUGUCAUCCUAAUAAUGUACUGCUGAGUUUCUGUGUGUGUCAUAGCUAGAAGUGUUUGUGGGGUUUUUUCAUAUUACACAUGCUUCUCACAUUCUUACUUAUGAGGAUAGAAAAGGCAUUCUUAUGAGGAUAAAAAGGGAACGUGUUCUAAAAGAGAAAGGAUGCUAACGUAAUUUUAACAAUUUUCUUUAAUUGAGAGAGCCUACCAUUUGGACCAGAUAUCUUUUGUUUUGAUAUUUGUAA